AUGACUUUUAACUGGGGCCUCUCAAAUCUCUAUAGCCCUUCAGAAUACGUUUACCGACGCUUGUAUAGACAUUUAUCAGUGCUUUUUUUAGAUUACCGGUGGCCACCAGAAGGCGCCAUUAAAAGGAGAAUGUGUACUGAAAAAGUCUACUCAAUUGCGGCGACCGCAAAAGUGCUGCUGAAGGUUCGCAGCUACCAAAGAGCGGGAUCACACAGUUCUGCCCCUGCUAUAAGAUCGACAACUCAAGAAGAAGUGAGGCAAGUGGUUACAGAGAUAGUUAGAGAACAUGAACAUAUCAACAGAUUCCGAUACAAAACACCAUACCUGAGGGAAGUAGAAGAUAUACCAUUCCCAGCUAAUUUCAAGCACCCAGACUUCCAAAAAUUCAAUGGAGACGGAUCUUCGGAUGAACACCUCAUGCACUUCAUUACAAUUAUGGGUAACUUCUCUACUGUCCCACAGUACUGUUUACGAUUGUUUGGUUCCUCUUUGACAAGGAAAGUGUUCCGAUGGUACUCUAGCUUAGCACCAACUUGGGAACAAAUGCAGGAUGCCUUUAUGUCAAAAAUUUUCUCGUUAGAUCAUGACAUCAGUAUCAUAGAACUAGCCUCUGUACGACAGAGAGAAGGCGAACCUGUAGAAAAAUUCAUAGAUAUAUGGAGGACUUUGGGAGCGUCAUGCCGACAGUUGCCUAAGGAAAAGGAACAGGUGAAGAUGUUCUUGAAUUCUAUGGAGACAGGAAUUGCAUUCGGCCUCACUAGUGUUGACAUAAAAACUUUCCGCGACUUGGCAACAAAAGCCCAUGCAUUGGAACUAAUGACUAAGAAAAUGCCAGCAUUCCAUUAUGAAACAAGCAGAAGAGGACACGACAGAUUAAUGGCAAAUGUCUUGGAUUGA